GCGCCCUGUGCUGUCACAUGAUGGGUGGUCGCUGUGCUUUACGGCUGCCGUCGCACUGUGUGGUUUGGGAAAGGAGGGAGGUUUUGUUGUCUUUCUCGGGUAGUGGCGGUAAUGGCGACGUACGUGAGCGAGCUGGAGGCGGCCAAGAAGAGCCUCAGCGAGGCACUGGGCGAGAACGUGAAGCAGUACUGGGCCAAUUUGAAGCUCUGGUUCAAACAGAAGAUCAGUAAGGAGGAGUUUGACCUGGAAGCUCGCAGGCUUCUCACGCAAGACAAUGUCCACUCUCACAACGAUUUCCUCCUGGCCAUUCUUACCCGAUGCCAGAUCUUGGUUUCUGCACCAGAAGGUGCUGGAACCCUGCCAUGGCCGGGUGGCUCUGCAACUAAACCUGGAAAACCCAAAGGAAAGAAAAAGAUAUCUUCUGUUCGACAAAAGUUUGAUCACCGGUUCCAGCCUCAGAAUCCGCUGUCUGGAGCCCAGCAAUUUGUGGCAAAGGAUCCUCAAGAAGAUGAUGAUUUGAAGCUGUGUUCUCAUACCAUGAUGCUUCCUACACGUGGCCAGUUAGAAGGAAGGAUGAUCGUAACAGCAUAUGAGCAUGGACUAGACAAUGUUACAGAGGAGGCAGUGACGGCAGUUGUUUAUGCUGUGGAGAACCAUCUUAAGGAUAUUCUGACAUCUGUGAUAUCCCGGCGGAAAGCCUAUCGUCUGAGAGAUGGCCAUUUUAAAUAUGCCUUUGGAAGCAAUGUUAACCCUCAGCCGUAUCUGAAGAACAGUGUUGUUGCUUAUAACAAUUUAAUUGAGUGCCCUCCAACCUGUAUGACACCUUCUGCUGGUCAGAGUUUAGCUCCACAGCCCCCGCCCGAUGAUGCCGAGCAGCAGGCAGCAUUACUCCUGGCAUGCUCUGGAGACACCUUACCAGCAUCUCUCCCACCAGUGAACAUGUAUGACCUUUUUGAGGCACUGCAGGUAAGGGGAUCAAAACCAAAAACCUCCACACACAGGAGAGCUGGAUUUGUGUUUAGUGUGUCUUGGGCUGAGAAAGAGCAUUAGGAACUGGACCUGCAGGGAAUAGCUGCAGAGACAGGCUGAGCUCGUUACAGAUCAGGGGAGCAUUCCUGGGGCCAGCUGAGGCUGUCUCCAGCUAUAAAGGGAGCAGGGCUGGAGCUCGGCUCUCUGUGACUAGGGGUUUGCUCAGAGCAGAGCUGGGAUAGCGAGGCUUUGCUUCACCUGUUGGAGUGCUAUGGAUGGGCUGCAGGGGAACCCCAGCAGCUGUGCCCCAACACUGAUGUGGAUUUGUGUGUGAGCUGGUGGAUUCAGCUGCUGCAGCUCCCUCCCUGCCCAGGGCAGAUACCAUGAAAGGAGAAGAAAUGCUGCAAAAAACAAGGUAAUUUGGGCUCUUUUCCCCAGCCUUAAAAAGAGCUGUGGAAAAGACUGGCUCUUGCUUACAUCCAUGUCAUGCCAGCCUGACCGUUGUCCCUGUGCUGCAGUUAGGGGAACACAGCAGUCUCAGUGGAAUAAACUUUCUUCCUUGCUCAGGUCUGUUAUCUGUUGUACGAGUACUGCAGAUGCAUCUGAAGAAAAGUGUUUUAAGGUUCUAAAAACACUGUAUACACCAAAAAAAGUAAAGGAUCCCUAAAACACUGGAUGAGAAAGAGAUGGUUUAACAAGAAAAAGAUGUCACCAAAUUCCUGAACUGUAACUUACUACUUUUGCAGUCUUGCUGUGAAAGUGUUUCACAGUUGCUAAUGUCAGCGUGGAGCCUGUCUGAAGAGUUGUACCUAUCUAUCUAAA